UUCCACUCCACUAUUUUUUUAAUUGGCUAAUUAAAGGUAUUGCGGAAAUAGAAACUGGCAACACUGGUACGAUUGUUAACCUUCAAAUUCGUAGUUGUCAAAAAUCUGAAAGAUUUUGUUUAGAUUAUUUUUGUAACAAAAACAAAAAUUAAACAGAAUGGCUAAACCAAAGAAGGUUUUGGAAGAAGCGCGAGAAUUUCAGAAUCCAGAGCUCGAUUUGUUUGAUAGAGGAAUAUCUUCAUUUGAAGAAUUACCUGGAUUAUUGAAUAUGACAAAUAUUACAAGGUUAACUUUGAGCCACAACAAAAUUAAGUCUGUACCUCCUGGUCUUGCCAACUUGACCAACUUGGAAAUUUUGAAUCUCUCCAACAACCAUAUUGAGGAAUUACCUCUGUCUUUGUCCUCCAUGCCAAAAUUAAGAAUACUGAAUAUCUCCAUUAAUCGUUUGUAUACCUUGCCUCGAGGUUUUGGUGCAUUUCCUGUAUUAGAAGUGUUGGAUCUGACUUAUAAUAAUCUGAAAGAGGAUGCUUUGCCGGGAAACUUCUUUAUGAUGGAGACUCUUCGUGCCUUAUACUUAGGAGAUAAUGAUUUUGAAUAUAUCCCUUCUGACAUCAAAAACUUGAAAAAUUUACAAAUCCUUGUUCUUCGUGAAAAUGACAUCAUUGAACUACCCAAAGAAAUAGGGGAAUUAAUUCGUCUGAGGGAACUUCAUCUUCAGGGAAAUCGUCUGACUAUCCUUCCUCCAGAGAUUGGAAACUUAGAUAUGUCCUCGAACAAGUCUGCUUUUCGAUUUGAAGGCAACGAAUGGGUACCACCUAUUGCCGAACAGUUACAACUAGGAAUUAGCCAUCUACAGGAUUAUUUGAGAAGUGAAACAUAUAGAGUGCUGUACAGUAGAAUGGUUACCAAUAAACCUCCACCCCCUCCACCAUGUGUUGACAAAGCCAAAAAGAUUUCUCGAAUUCGUUAAAGGUACCUAAAAUGAAGAUUUUUAUUUUUAAUUGUGCCAUAACUAUGAAACAAACACGAAGUAUCGUAUUUACUGUAUGGACAUCAUUUUUGGUACUUAACUCUUCCCAGUUAUUGUAAGUGCCUGUAAUACUGCCUUAAUAGGAUUAAGAAUAAUAAUUUUAGAGCUAUUUAUGAAAAACAUUAAAUACACUUGCGAGCAGAAAAAAUCGGAUCACUCGUAACACUAUGCACUAUACACUAUACACUCGUAACACUAUACACGUUAGAUGUCUCGAAUUUGUUAAACCUGUUCUCUGAUUUGAGUGAUUUUUUUAGUAUGUUAUAGCCUUAUUAUUUAAGAAAAUCGAUGUAAUAAUACUGUUGCUAGACAGGUAAAUGUCAUUUUAUACCGGGUGUAACAAUCAUACUGUGUUUUUUCACUUAAAGUUCGGAACACUCAAUUAUAGUCUUAGGCUUUCUUAACAUUUUGUUUUUUAAUUCAUUCGCUUAUGUUCGAUAAUAAAAGAGAUAUGUACUUUUAUACUAUAAAUGAGGUAUGCUAUUUGGUCUUGAUCAAUAUCAUUCAAAAUCUCGAAAACUUUAAUAUUCGCCGUGUGUAAGUACAUACUUGGAAGGGAUACGAGAAACGAUCGUGCGCGAGUCGCGGAGAAACCGUUCAUACCUACUAUCAUUGAAGAAGAAAAAUUAUGUUGCUCACAAUAUUGAUAUAUGCAAUUAUUAUAUAAAAGUAAAUUUAAUUAGUUGUAUUUUGCUUGCGGUACUGCAUUUUAAUAAUUAAUUUUAUUUACUACAUACAAUUGUUUACCUUUUAAUAACAUAACCUGAAUAUUACUUUUUCUUCUUAUAAUUUUUUUUUGGGCUAUGGUCUUGACAAGUAUCCAGCAACCAGGACUAAUAUAAUUGGUCAAUGUAAUUAAAAGUGCGAAAAAUGUUGCUGAGCUAUGAAACCAGGUGUCACUUUUCCGAACUUGCACGGUCCCAAUAUGAAGGGUCAGGGGGAAGAACGAUGAAUGUCUAUCUGCAAGCAUUUUCGGUAAAAUGAGAAACAAAGUUACAUAUUCAUUAUUUUUCCCCCUUGAGUCCAAUCUUGUGAUCAAACGAUGAUCAUCUUUAUUUCCCCUUGGCCAUCCACAGGUUGAUAGUACUUUUUCUAAACUAAGACAUUGCACAAAAAUCGCAGAAUGACAAAAAAUUGCCAAUCAUCGUUUUUCCCUCUGGCCCUUCAUAUCUUUAAUAAAUUUACUAAUUUUCACAACAAACCAGACACUUUUUGACUGUUAACAAUUUGACAUUCAUUAAAUUGUUAAUUUAUUGAUGGAUUUAUUGAUGAAAAGCACGGCUAGUUGUUAACGUACCUAACUUUUUUAUUAUGCAACAUAAGCAAAUGAAUCACAAAAGAAAAUGUUUAAUAAAGCCUAAGGCUACAAUUGAGUUUUAAUUUCAAUAUUUUAUAUAUGCUAGAAUAUUCCAUAGAGUGUUCGGAACUUUAAGGAAAAAACACAGUAUGAUUGUUACACCCGGUAUAAAAUGACAUUUACAGCUGGUUCCUAAAAACACUGAUACGACUCUUAGUAAGAUUUGAUCAUUUUGAGCAGUGUAUUUGAUUGGUCUGACAUUAUAUUAUAUUUAUUAUGACAGUUGAUUAUGACAGACAAAUAAUAAAAUAAACAAACAACAAACAACUGAUUACAUAAUUAAUUCAUAAAUUGUAAUAAUUAUUAUGGUCUAAAUAGAAUAUUAAGAAAUAAUAUUAAUAGAAAUAUUAAUCUUGUUUGUUUGCUGCAGUUCGGUACCUAAGACGCGAUGCUUUAAUUCUGCGCCAAGUUGUCGUCUUUCUUCCCGGAAACUGUGACAUAAUUCUUGCAGUUUUCGCAUCUUCAAAAGGAUUCUCUUCUAAUCUCUAUAAAAGCGUACGAUCUUCACGAGCGGUAGAUAUUUUUGAUCUUCCAGAACCUUGCUUUCUUUCGAGAGUUUCUUGAUUUAUCCAUCUUUUAUUAAUAUUAAAAAUUGUUGUUCUGCUUACGUUAAAAUGGUUCAUUACGGCAGAUAGUGACCAAUCAUCUUCUAAUUUCGUUACAAUUCUUGAUUUAGUUCUUUGCUAGCAUGUGGAGCCAUUUUUUGAGGUUGAACAAAAUAAGUUGUCUGACAAAUUUUAAGAUUUGGCAGUGACAGUGAACCAGCUGUACCUGUCUAGCAACAAAAUUAUUACAUCGAUUUUCUUAAAUAUCAGGGCUAUAACAUACUAAAAAAAUCACUCAAAUCGGACAACAGGUUUAGGAAAUUCGAGACAUCUAACGUGUAGAAUUCAUCGAGUGACCCGAUUUUUUUGCUCGCAAGUGUAUAAGUCCAGAUGCUAUUUAACAGUGUGAAUUAGUUUUUUCUACAUUUUACAAGUUUUUGGUACAUUCAGUAAUGUAUCAUCUAUAUUAAAGAAAUUUAACAAUAAUUGUUAAUUCUCAAUUGUGUGCAAUGCAAUCAUAUAUUUUAUUUAACAUAAUUUUUUACUAAAACCAUAUUUGUUACAAAUGUAAGUUACUUAUUGACCAUGUUUUAACUCGUUGACGAAAAUUUCCAUAUAUUUUAAUAAAUUAUUUAUAUUAAUAUACCAAA